AUUUUGCUAUCUACCACAGCAGAAUGUCAAUCGGGUGAUGUGGAGUAAUUUCAUAACUCUGCUGUUGCUUCAUGACAGCGGAGACACAGUUCCUUUUUUCCUUUGAUUUCCUUUUUUGUGCAGGCGAAAAGUAAAAUCAACACUCAACAGAAAUUUGUUCGUAAACCAAUUGCUUUGUGCAACAUGCACAAGCGAUAUGUUAACACGUUAGUGGUCCUGUUUGUCUGUGCCGUUUUUUCAACAUUUGGCGCAGAUGGAUACCUAUCCACACAAGCCGUGAAGCUAUUUGUUUCCAUUCAGGAUCCAUAUAUAUCGGAUCUUUUGUUGCACGAAAUUGUGAAUCGUAUGGGAAAGGGUUUGAGCGAUGUUAGCGACUCGUACCUUGAACCCAUGCCCGAUUUGCCCGUAAAGGAAAUGCCGUCACGAUUAUCAUUGAUGGCGCGUGCAACAAAAGACCUCGAAGCCGAACAAUUGGACUAUGAUUCUAUAUUGAAUGGUGAACGCACUGGCCAUCCAAGCAUGCGUGACCAGGAAUAUUUAGAACACUCGUCACUUUUUGGUCAUAUAGCUGUGACCGGGGGUCAGGGCGAAGUCGGACAACAAUACUUCAAGCUAAAACCAAAAACAGAUGCUUCUCUGCCAGCCUAUUGUAACCCGCCCAAUCCAUGCCCCGUUGGUUACUCUGAAGAACAAGGAUGCAUAAAUGACUUCGAAAAUACGGCCGCAUUCAGCCGCGAUUAUCAGGCGGCACAAGAGUGCAUGUGUGACGGUGAACAUAUGUUCGAUUGCCCCGGUCCAAAGGAUUCAAGCAAAGGCAUCCGACAAAUGAACUCCGACCUCGAAAGUUUCUUGGCACGACAGUUUGGCGAUAAGAACUUUAUGGCUAAAAAAUACCAGGGCUAUAAGGAAGAGAAUCCAUUUUUGACGGGCCAAAAACUACCAAUUGCCGCAAAAAAGGGCCAUUACUACUUCUAAACAAGAUAUAAACUGCUCUGGAACUUUGAUGACUUGACCAUGAUGAUCUCAUAACGGACAAUGAUUUGAUAUUUAAUGAAAUUUAACCCGGACUUUACGUUGAUGACCAUUGGCUUAUCUAAAAACAGGUUAAACGAUGUCUGCUCUCACCGACAUUUUCGUUUUAUUUAAAUUAGGCGUAAACAUAGACAUUAAGUUCCUCAUUCUACAUAUAAAUUAUAUGAAUAUAUAUUAACCAGCAUAUGAAAAUUAUAAUCAAUAUUAACCAGAAGUAAACAAAAAAUCAUAAAAUGAAAGAUUCACAUACUAGAGCAUGGCUAAAUACAUGCAAAUGUGUUGCGUUUGUCAGUGUAUUUGAUUGUGAAGAAGGAAGACGUUGGUCGAUGCAUCAUUUUCGCCUGUAUGUAGCCAUGGUCCACAUUCUACGCUUGCAUUGUAUAGUAUUUAUAUAACUGUGUAAUCAAAUGAAAUAAGUAAUUGAUGAUAAAUUCAUCAGUGCAUAUAAACAUAACCAGUGAAUGAUGGUAGUGUAAUUGAAUGUACCCAAAAAACAAAUUACACUGCGAUUUCAAUUCCACUCAAACAACAACAACACACCUAAAUUGAAUUGGAAGUGAAAGGCGCACCUUUUGAAACUAAUAAAACACUUUCGGUAACAACAACAACAAAAAGCAAAAACAAAAACCCUGAUGAUAAAACUCUUCAUUUAAAAGAAAUUGAAAACGAAAAUAUGUUUGAUUCGAUUCAUUCGAAGAGACAAAUUAUUGUUUGAAGAGAUCAAAACAACCAGAACAAUGUUGAUCAUAUAUAUUUUAAAGAAGGCUUUUUAUCAACAACCCAACAACAACAUACAAACAUUUUGACGUGAAACACGCGCCAUUUGUUUGCCACUAUCAACCCAUUCCAUAAGUAAUAUUGACAUCAUUGGGAUUUGGUUGAUGGCAUUUUUGGAUUGAACAACAAAUAUCCAUUUUUUGUCACAUUCAAUAAAGAAAGAAAUUCGAAUGUGAUCAAACGCAACGGUGAACCACUUUCAACAUCCGAAUCGUACUUGGCAUCUCAGCACAAGCUGUUCAGCCGCACACUGUGUAACAAGCCAUCGAUUUGCGAGUACGAUAAAUUCUACUUAUAAUUUCCCUAAUUUGUGAUGAGACCCCCUUGCGGUUUACCGUUGUGAUACUGUCUCAUUUUUUGCUAUUUUUGUAAACGUAUUUUCCAUUUUUUCUAAAUCUAUCGUUAAGUUGAAUGUUCGAUUUUCAUUUUUUUUUCUUUUUAAUUUUUCGACAUUUGUCGUUGACGAGUUUGCAACUCGGAUUUCCACGUUUAUUUUCAAAAUGAUAUAAGCACAACAGUAAUUGCUUUUAUUAUUUAUUCAUUCACCAAUUAUUGGUUUUGUUUUGUGAAUGUGAAAAUUCGAAAUCCAGAUUUUUGUCGAAAUUUAACCUUUACUUGUAUUUAAAAAAAAAAAAAGAAGAAAAAAAAAUCCAGCCACAAAAAAAAACAUUUCCAUUUGAUUUUCAUUCAUUUUUUGAUUUUUAUUUCGAAAUUAUUCUUUUUGUUGCGGCUGAUACCGUUGUGAUUCUCAACAAAAUUGAAAGAAGAAGAAGAAAUCAAUCCAACGGAACAUCAUGACAUGCACUGACAACAACAAACGAAUAAAAAUAAACUUUAUUCAAUAAAGAAAGAGAAAAACAAUGACAAAGGAAAAAAUGAUUGGAAAAUGAACUCUCAUCUGAAAUCUCACCUCUUUUAGAAGCCACACAAAAAGUGUCUCAUAACUUAAAUUUAACCAUACCAAAAAAAGAACACAUAAAAAUAAACCAGUAACAAACCACUGAGUUUAUAUAUUUGAAGAAAAAAAAAUUAUUUGAAAUUAGCCGUAAAACACAAAAAUCGAUUGACAUCAAUCAACAAGAACAGAUGAGCUCGAAUGUAUUUUAAGUAUAAUAAUUGAAACCAUCUUGAUAUUUGAUUAAUCGUCUUCUCGCCAUAUUUAUGUUUAGUAGUUUGUUUAUCAAUUUUUUAUUCAUGCCCUGUCCUUACAAAUUCCAAAUUCAUUGGGAUUGAUUUAUGUCAAAACUAUUCUAUCUUUGAUUGCGCCUCCUUUACCCAUUUCAGAGGUGGUGGUUAGGUGAGUUCUAAUGAAAUUGGAAUUUAUGAAGGAUCUAUAUAUUUGUGUUUUUAAAUUAGAAAUUUGCCAUCUUUUUUAACAAUUGUAAUUGGUCGUUUUGAAUUAGCUAUUCAGUCUAUUCUAUUCAAUUCGCUUUUCCAAAAGAAACAAAGUAAAAAAGACAACAUUUCCAAUUUUCAAACAUAAUAUUUAUUUUAUAUAUAUAUGAAGCCAAAAUUUUAAAAAAAUCUUCAAAAGUUUUUUCAAAUAUUUUGGUUUUUAUCAAACCAAAAAAAAAAAAAACAAAAUAAAAACAAAAUACUAAGUAAACUAUUUAUUCCAAAAUUGACGAUAAUAUAUAUUUGCAAAACACAAGCCAGUUUUAUCGUGAGGACAGCAUGCAUUUUGAAGAGAUUCAUCAUGUUGCGAAUCAACAUCUACAAGAAAAAACAAACAAAACACUAUAUAAAUGAAUAACCAAACCCACAAAUAUUUAUAAAGUUAUUAACCAGAAUUGAAAUGCAUAUGCUUUUAUGUAUAUAUUUAUAUACCUAUAUCAAUUUCCAACCAGUUAAAUUUAUAUAUUACAAAAGGUACCAGCAAAUUCAUCCCCUUUUAUCCAUUUAUUAACCAGAGAAUUUUAUUGAUGUUUUUAUUCGUCAUUUAGCAUCUUUGAUUUUGUCUUUUUGGUCUUCAACACAAACUAAUUCGAUGUUAUAGUUAAACUCAAUGUCCUGUCUAGAUGUGCAAAUUUGUGUAUCAUGUCAUGUAUCAAAAUAUUGAUUAUUAAAGUUUAUUUCCGCCCCCAAAACAAAAACAAAGAGAACAAACUUUAUUAUCAGAAUGAUUUAUUGAAUGCACUUCGAUACAACAAACAUUAAAACACAAUAACUGCACACACAUACAAAUUACAUAGUGUUUUAAAUUCGGAUUUUGAUAAAAUCAACUCUCAAAUCUCACAGAAAUUGAAACACCUAUGAAUAUUCACACCAAUAAUGUAAUCGAAUUGAGUGUAACAUACAAAUAUAUUAUAUUACAAUAAACGUAUUUUUCUCCUAAA